GAAGAACGAGAGAGAGAACGAGCAAGACAAGAACGAGAGAGACAGGAACGAGAGAGAGAACGAGCAAGACAAGAACAAGAGAGACAAGAACGUGAGAGAGAAGAACGAGAGAGAGAAGAACGAGAGAGAGAAGAACGAGAGAGAGAACUAGAGAGAGAACGGGAGAGAGAGAAGGCUAAAAGGCAACAAAAGGAAAGACAAGAAAAGAUGAAAGCUGAUUUACGGCAGAAAAUUGAUUCCCGAGACCACAAGAUGGCCGAAGUCAAAUCAUCUGAAAUAAACUGCAAUGUUAGCUUGGAUGCCGAAUGGCUGGAGAUCAACAGUUUCUUCUCAGAGGUGAUGAAAAUUGUGGAGGAUGCUAAAGAGAAAGCAUGUCAGGCUCUGGAGGACAGGAGACGGAAAGUGAAAAGAGAAGCACAAGAUCUCACCCAGAAGCUGCAAAGAGAAAUUGAUGUGCUCAAAAAAGCCACUGAUGAGCUAGACAACAACCCAGACUUGGAGCUUUCUCCUGUAACAGGCCUGAAAGAAUCUGCUGACUGGAAAAAUUUAUGUGACAACACUUCACUCUCCUUCGGGACACUGCGAGGUAUGACUUCAGCCAUGAUGAAGCAAAUUGACCAGGAAAUAGAAAAACUCGCAUCCAAAGACCUCAAGAGGAUUUCUACAUUUGCAGUGGACGUGAAGCUGGACCCGACUUCUGCACACUCAAGUCUUGUAAUUUCUGAUAAUGGGAAAAAAGUGAGAAAUGGUGGAAAAACAGCAAAAGAUCCUGAUUCUCCCCAGAGGUCUGAUAUGUUUGGAAGUGUCCUGGGGCUCAACAGGCUGAAAUCAGGGAAAUCAUACUGGGAGGUGGAGGUCAGCAACAAGACCGGGUGGGAUCUGGGUGUGGCCAGAUGUGAUGCUUAUCGCAAAGGGAAAUUUUCAGUGAACCCUGACAAAGGUUACUGGGUUACUGCAUAUCAUGGAGACAAAAAAUAUGCAGCCCGGACAAUACCGCCUGUGAACCUUUCAUUUAAAGUGAAACCUCGGAAAGUCGGGGUGUAUGUAGAUUAUGAGGAAGGUCUCGUGUCCUUUUAUGAUGUGAUGUCUCAGUCUCACAUCUACUCAUUUACUGAGUGUUCAUUUGGUGGUGAGAUCCUCCCGUACUUCAGUCCACAUCUGAAACCAGAUGAGAAAAACAGUGAUCCUUUGAUUAUCUCUGCUAUGGAAAAGCAGUAGUAAUCACAUGCACAGGUUUUGGAGCAGUGAAUGCAUCACUUAUAGGCAUUAUAUACAUUAAGGUGGGAAUUUGAUUGCCUGGGUUUCCAUAUUCUUUUCUUAUAAUAAUAACAUGAAUCAAUGAAGGUACAAUAAAGGCAUGGGUUUUAGAGUUUUCUUUUAUGCACUAUAUAGCAAUGCUAGCAAUGCAAAUGUAUACAUAUUAUGGGGAUGCACUCUAAAUACUGUUAAUUAUGAUUAUGUGCAAAGGGAUGAUUUAAUAAGGAGUCUUCUCUUGUUAUUGGUUGUGUUCAUAUAAACCAGUGUUUCCCAACCUUUUGGAGCCACAGCACAUAUUUCACAUUAGAAAAAUCACAAGAUCCACCACCUAUUGACACCCUGCCAUAUCUAGGUGUGUGUCAACAUGUUAAGGUUGGCACGUUAAGCUUGUUGUUUCCAGAGCUGCACCUUUCAACAAAAUCCCAUAUAUUUUACUUGUGAGCAAUUUGUUAUUUCAGCCUUAUAUUCGUGUGUUCAGGUCAAUCAGAUGUUCAAAUAUAUCUGCCAGAUACGGCAGUCUUCUAAUCCACUUGUCACUUGAGAGUAACUUGACAUCCUUCUGAUUUGUGAAAAACACUUUAAGUUCUUGAUUCUUGCAGUCUUGGCAACAAGUACUUCCCGGUGCAGAAAACAAUGCAUUGAAAUGACAUUGCUCUUUCAGUCUGUUUACAAAUCCUUUAGUGUGCCCAAGCAUGGCAGCUGCUCCAUCGGUGUAAACAUGUAUGCAUUUUUGCAAUUCAGCAACUUGUUAGCUUUAAGUACUUUAUUGCUCUUAUUGGUGGUUUUCCUCAUUGAAGCUGCCUGCGUCUCAGUCUGUUCACGCUUGAAGUGAUGGGUGUUUCGUCUGGAGAUGGUGUUUAAGUUUGCUUGGAACCGUGGCACAGUUUGAUUUCCCCGCGCACCAGGCGUAGCAGAAUGGCCUCAGUUGGUUCUCCAGUGUAUGAGAAUCCAAAGGCAAGAUAAUGUUAACUGUAUGGUCAUGAGUUUACUUUUUCUUUUGCUUUCUUCCACUAUUAAUGCCAGGGCCAUCUGGGUUGGAAUUCUCUUUAGGACCCAGGUCGGAUUGACUACUUUUUGUUUUCAGUUAUUUAGUAAUCGCUAUUCCCUGCAGUGUUGUCUCACUCGCAGCAUGACUUUGUACUUUUCUAUUUCUUCUUCAUCUUCAUCUUGCUGGUGGUAAGGGCAGUACAAUUAAGUGGAUGUGGUGGAUGAGAAUGUAAAUGUUCUGCCUGUCACAACACGCCACUGGCUAAGAGUACCAAUCAGGUGAAAUUGGAUAAACUUCUAUGGCACACUUGAUGAUUUCUAGUGGCAUACUUAUGUUCCGUGGUUGGGAAAAGCUGAUUUUAACCACUACCUCAAGCAUUUAGUCUACAAGAUGCUUAAUUCCACAGAUCCUCCUUGUUACUCCACACAUCUGUUAAACAAUUUGUCUCACUGGGCAUUUUAGAUACUGUAAACUGAAGCUUUUUCAACUGUAGUCUACAUGAGUCACUCUAAAUAAUCCAUUUACAGCAUAUAAGCAAUAUGUUUUACAUAGAUAUACACAAGAAACAAACACACUUCUAUCUAGGGAAUAUUUUUUAAUAUUUUAACUGGGUUUGUAAUGCUAAAAGAAUGAAAUAUGUUUAAGAUUUUAGUUUUAUUUAUUUUGUAGUUUGAAUAAAUCCAAACCUUAUUGAAACCAGCUGUAUAUUGUCUCCUUUACUCUUCCUUCAGCCCUAGGAGUGCAGUGGAUCAUUAAAGACACAUAAGGGUUACUUCACAUGCAUGGAUCAUUAGUUUGUCAGUUUGUUGGUGGGGGCAACAGCAUGACCGCGGGGCCUUCAAGCAACAAAUUAAAGUGAGCCUUAAUCAAAUCCAGAACUGUGAUGAGUUAUGACUAAAAGAUAAAAAGAGGAAGUGGGUAAAGACUGCUGCAGUAAUUCUAACACACUAGAGCAACAGGAUUAUCAGUUCUCCACAGCACAACAACAAAGAAAGAUAAAAUGAGAUUCAUUGUCUUGAUCACCAUCAUUGUCACUGUAGCCCUUAUUGGUGGGGGCAGUAGCAUGAUUGGAGAGCCUUCAUCACCGUGUCAGGACAAAAGCCCCAAAAGUCAUUAUAAAGAAUUUCUCA